AUGUGGGAGAAACUUUCUGAUUUGGGUCAAUCACUGAGCAUGUCAUGGCUUAUUAUGGGCGAUUUCAACUGUGUGAAAUCUCCCAAGGAGAAGCAGCUUGGAGUGGCCCCAACUUGGUAUGAGCUUAAGGAUUUUGUGGACUACUGUACAUCGCUUGGAUUACUCGACGUUCCCACUAUGGGCUGCUACUACACAUACCUUUGUAGGAGACUGAAAGCACUUAAAGGCGCGCUUAAGGGAUUCAACACGCAACAUUACAACCACAUCUCCGCCAGGGCUAAAGAGGUUGAGCUUGCCCUGCAAGUUGCCCAGAACCAAUUUGAAUCCAAUCCGGGAGAUGUGGCGCUACGGGGCUCUUUGGGAGAUCUUAGGAAGAAGGUCGUUUUCCUUGCCGAGGCCAAACGACACUUCUUCUACCAGAAAGCCAAGAUCCACUAUCUUAAAGAGGGGGACCGCAACACCAAGUUCUUCCACGACAUGGUGAGGAGGAAUGUUGCUAGGAAUUCUAUCGGGGCAGUCACUAGGGCGGAUGGGACUGUUAUCACUGUUGCCGAGGAUAUUGCCCAAGAGUUCGUUGAUUACUACACAUCACUCUUGGGCAUCGAGGCUCACACCCUCCCUGUCGACGAUGGUGUGUUUGAAUGGGGCCCCAUACUCUCCCCAGAGCAUACUGCGGACCUUUGCCGGGCAGUCACGCCGUUGGAAGUCAAGGAUGUCAUAUUCCAUAUUAGCGACAACAAGGCUCCCGGUCCAGAUGGAUAUUCCUCGUGCUUUUUCAAGAAAGCAUGGGAUAUUGUGGGUGAUCAAGUUUGCAGGGCCGUCUUGGAUUUCUUUAGGAGUGGGCGGAUGCUACGGCAGCUCAACCACACUAUCAUUGCCCUUGUGCCGAAGUCAGACCAUUCCACCUCUGUUGCGGACUACCGGCCGAUUUCGUGCUGGAAUGUUAUCUACAAGGCGAUCACGAAAAUCAUCUCGGACCGGCUCGUACCUGCUUUGGAGCACUUGAUUGACCGAUGCCAAGUUGCGUUUGUAGGAGGCCGCAAUAUCACGGAUAAUAUUUUCUUGGCCCAAGAAAUGGUGCGGCAGUACUCGAGGAAACGGAUUUCACCUCGAUGCACUGUUAACGACGACCUACGCAAGGCGUUUGACCCGGUUUCAUGGACAUUUCUCUCCCGAGUUCUUCAUGGGUAUGGUUUUCCCCCACUGUUUAUAUCUUGGAUUAUGAAAUGCAGGAGAAUAUCUACUUUGGACUUCAACUUUCACCCCAAGUGCGAGAAGUUGAAAAUCACACAUCUCCUCUUUGCCGACAACCUCAUGCUCUUCUCCCGUGGCGACCUUCCAUGUAUCCACAUCUUGAUGGAAUGCCUCCAAGAGUUUAGGGACGCAUCCGGCCUCACCGUCAAUACCUCUAAAUCAAGCAUAUUCACAGCGGGCAUUCAAAAUGAGGAGCUUGACGGGAUUCUCGCUCGGACGGAGUUUGGGAGAGGUGAGAUGCCGGUGAGAUACCUUGGCAUUCCACUACCAGCACAGCGGCUUACGGUCACCAACUACUCACCGCUUGUGGAUCAAAUUGCCAACUGUAUUUCAAAGUGGACGGGCAAAUCCUUAUCUUAUGCAGGCCGACUGGAACUUAUCCGUUCAGUUAUUCAGGGGGUGGAGUGCUUUUGGCUCCAAGUUUUCCCACUUUCAGCGGCGGUCAUCGAGAAAAUCCACCGACUAUGCAGGAAUUUCUGA